AUGGCGACACAAGUGAGAGAGCAGAGGAUCAAGACCAACGGGAUUAGCUUAAACGUGGCAGAGAGAGGAGACAACGGAGGGCCUUUGGUUCUGCUACUCCAUGGCUUCCCUGAGACAUGGUUCUCUUGGCGUCACCAGAUUGACUUUCUGUCCAGCCAUGGCUUCCACGUACUGGCUCCAGAUCUCAGAGGCUACGGUGACUCUGAUUCUCCUCCAAGCCACGAGUCUUACACCGUGAGCCACCUUGUUGCUGACGUCAUCGGUUUGCUCGACCACUACGGCACUGCUCAGGCAUUUGUGGCGGGGAAUGACUGGGGAGCAACCAUAGGUUGGUUUCUGUGCUUGUUUAGACCAGACCGAGUCAAAGGUUUCAUAAGCCUCUCUGUUCCAUAUUUUCCAAGACAUCCAAAUCUCAAACCUUUGGAGUUUUUCAAAAGCUUUGGAGAUGGUUUAUACAUCUCCCAGUUUCAGGUAAAUCUUGAAAUCACAUUCUAUGUUCAUAGUACCACUCAUUGUUAUCCUUGA